AUGGAAGUAACGCCGGUAAAUAUCCAUAAACAUGAUGAAGUAGAGAAGCAAGACCUUGAAGUUAAACAACAAAAAGAAGUUGAAAACUCUGAAAAUAGGUCCACUGUUAAAGAAUUAUCUGAUGAGCCAGAAGCCAAACAUGAAUCAACUGAGGAAAACUCUGCUAAAAGUGAAUCUGGUACUAGUAUUGAAGAUAAUGAACCGGAAAUAUCAGUAAAUAAUGAAAAACCGGUUAUUGAAAAUGAACCCGAAGAUGACUAUACACCGGAUGAAGAAUCUGACAAUAAACAAUUACCAGCUAAACCUGAAUCAACUAAAUCAAUUUUAGAAAGUUUACCUGCUAAACCUGAAUCAACUGAAUCAAUUUUAAAAAGUUUACCUACUAAACCUAAUCUUCCAUCAAAACCUCCCGUGGUUAAAAAUAUUUCACAAUCUUCUACAUCUCCAACUACUCAAAUUGAAUCUUUGAAAGAUGCUUUUGAAGCUAUUAAACAAACUGAAAUAAUGAAUGAUCCUAAUUUUCAUAAUUUAUCUCCUCAAGAGCAAGCUGCUAAAAUUCAAGAUCAAUUAAAUAAACGUGGUAUUCACAUUAAUAGACCAAUGAAUUAUAAUCAAGUUUAUUCAUUUAAUAAACCUUUUAAAAAUUUAAAAGAUCCAAUUCCAUUAGUACCUAUAAAUGAAUUUUGUAGAAGACCAAAUAUUACAGCACCAAUGACACCAGAAGAAGAACAAGAAUAUGAGGCUUUCAUUCAAAGAGAAAAUCAUUAUUUAAAUUUACAAAAUUGGGAUGAGUUUCCUGAUAAACUGAGAUUAUUUAUUGGUAAUUUACCUGCAAAUACUAUAUCAAAACAAGAUUUAUUUAGAAUUUUUAGUCAAUAUGGUGAAGUUAUUCAAAUUGCAAUUAAAGCUGGUUAUGGUUUUACACAAUUUAGAACUGCUGAAGCUUGUGCGGAAUGUAUAAAAGGAGAAACUGGUGUUCCAUUACAUAAUAAAAUUUUAAGAUUAGAUGCUUCAAAGCCUCAAAAAUCAAGAAGACCAGGAAAUCCAGAAAUUAAUAACCCAAAUUUUAGUGCAAGAGGUAGAGAACGAGAACUUGAAGGUGAACCAUCUCGUAAAAAAAGAAGAGGAAAUAUUGAUUGUAUUGUUUAUGUUACUGGUAAAUCAUCAGUUUUUUUCAUAAGAAAAGUUAAAAAAGCAUUUGCAAAUUUACAAAUUACUGUUGAUACUGAAGAUGUUACUCAAAGAAAUAUUACUGAUGUUUUAAGUGAAGCUGCUUAUUCAGGAGUUUUGGGUGCAUGUGUUAUAAAGGAACAAAAAAUUGAUUUACAAACGUAUGAAAAUACCUCAGAUGGUGGAAUUAAAUUUGACGAGUAUGCAGAUAUUGAACCUGAACAAGGUGCUGAAAUAAUGUCCAAAGCAAAAUUUAAAAAAUAUGGAAAUAGUCCACCACCAUAUAUUCAACAAGAAUCAAAUUAUAAUGAUAAUUCACCAAAUUAUGGUAAUAGAGGUAAUUCAAGAAGUGGUAGAGGAGGUGGAAGAAAUAAUAGAAGAGGUAAUGAUUAUGGUUAUGGUCGUCGUAAUGAUAGAUAUCAUAAACCUCAACCACAACCUUAUGGCUCUUUUCCUCAACAACCAUAUGCUCAACAACCACAAAUACAACGAGUUCCAUAUGGUUCACCUCCACAACAACAACAGCCUUAUGGCUUUGGCUCACCCCCUCAACAACAACAAGUUAAUUCUUUUAAUCAACCAUAUUCUCAACCACCACCUACCAAUAACAAUUUGAUGCAAGCAUUACAAGGAUUAAAUCCAUCUCAAGUACAGAAUCUUAUUAAUGCUUUGCAAAAUCAACAGCAACCAGCAGUACCAGCUCAACAACAACCUUAUUCUUUUGGAAAUUAUAACCAACAGCAGCCUACUCCUUAUCAAGCUGCUCCUCCUAAUCAAAACCCUAGCAAUCAAGUAAAUGCUUUAUUAGCUCAAUUACAACAAACUAAUUCAAAUUCAAAUUCAGCUGCAACAUAUCCUCAGUCGUCAAAUAAUCAACAAUCCUCUACAACAGAAGCAUUUCUAGAUACAUUAAAGAGAUUGAGCAAUAAAUAA